AUGGCUUCGCGAGAACUUCCUGAUAUUGUAAACAAAGCUGCGCCUGGCAUAUCCUACUUCACACCCGCCCAAGAACCUCCCGCGGGAACAGCAGCCGACCCGCAGUCAGAUGGAACGGCCCCUCCGAAGCUGUUUCAAUCCCUUUCUGUGCGGGGUCUGACCUUUCAUAAUCGCAUCGGACUUUCGCCGUUGUGUCAGUACUCUGGUGACGAUGGCCAUAUGACAGACUGGCAUAUGGCCCAUCUCGGGGGAAUUGCCCAGCGUGGACCGGGGUUCCUCAUGGUUGAGGCAACUGCGGUUGAGCCCGAAGGUCGUAUCACCCCCGAAGAUCUGGGUUUAUGGAAAGAUUCGCAGAUCGAACCUUUGAGUCGCAUCAUUGAGUUCGUUCACAGCCAAAACCAGCUGAUCGGGGUCCAAAUCGCCCACGCCGGCCGCAAGGCCAGCACAGUUGCCCCAUGGUUAUCCAUGAAUGACACUGCCUCUAAAAAAGUAGGCGGCUGGCCAGAUAAUGUUAAAGGCCCUUCUGAUGUUCCUUUCAAUGAUCGAAACCCUAUACCCAAGGAGAUGACAAAGCAGGAUAUUGAAGACUUGAAGGUCGCAUGGGUGAGCGCAGUCAAACGAGCUGUUAAGGCGGGCGCAGACUUUGUCGAAAUCCAUAACGCCCAUGGGUAUCUGCUCAUGUCAUUCCUUUCCCCUGCCGUGAAUAAGAGAACGGAUGAGUAUGGUGGAAGUUUUGAAAAUCGCAUUCGCCUCAGUAUGGAGAUUGCUAAGCUGACCAGAGAGGCGGUUCCCGAGGAUAAGCCUGUGUUUCUCCGCGUAUCCGCAACCGACUGGUUAGAAGAAUUGAGGCCGCCAGUGCCCAGCUGGAAAGUAGAGGACACCGCCAAGUUUGCUCAAGCACUCGCCGAGAGUGGUUAUAUUGAUUUGAUUGACAUCAGCAGCGGUGGCACUCAUCAGGCGCAACAUAUACAUGCGAAACCAGGCUUCCAAGCCCCUUUCGCCAUCGCUGUCAAACGGGCAGUUGGGGAUAAGUUGAAGGUAGGGUCAGUGGGUAUGAUUGACUCGGCCCAGCUGGCCAACUCCUUGUUGGAGAAGGAGGGUCUGGAUUUUGUCAUGGUUGGACGUGGUUUCCAAAAGAAUCCAGGAUUAGUUUGGACUUGGGCUGAUGAUCUGAAUGUGGAGAUCUCAAUGGCUAACCAGAUUCGUUGGGGAUUCUCUCGCCGCGGCGCUGGACCAUUCCUGAGGAAGAGACAGGAAAAGAUCUAG